UGCUUCUCAUGAUGCACAUCUCACUCUCUCUACAGGCGUAGAUAGCUCUGUAGCAUCUAGCCACACCUCUACCUGUUGUAAAGGUCAUAGGUGGCAUCAGAUUCCAGAUGAGUGACCACAACACCAUGGCGGACGCGAGAGCGUACCUGUCGUCACGUGACGGCCACAAAGGGCCAGGUGUUAAGGUAAUCGAAACUCACUGCACUGUGCUGUCGCCUGUCUAGGCAGCAGCUCUGUUCAGACUUGACGCGGGGAGUUCAGACACGUCAACAGACUGGAGGAUAGUGACAGUUAGCCUCGUUGACGGUGACACAUAGCCUAGUGGACAGCGAUGAGCACACCUGGCGCCAUGUUUUGUACUGUUGAGAACAAUUGAACUGUUUCCACCAGCAGCUAGAGCAGCAUCUGAGGUCAGGGAUUGUCUUGAAGGACUUGAAGGAGCUGAGGACAAGGUAAAGGAUGCAGAGCGACAACAACACUACCGACGUCGUGCAGGAGAUGGAGGUGGAGAACGUCACCACGUGGGCGCUGAUGGAGGAGGACGAUUGGCAGGUGCUCGUGCGCAGGUACGACAUCCGGCCGCUGUCCAGCGCUGGGUACAUGGGCUGCGCCAUCUAUCUCGUCAUCAUAGGUCUCGUAGCAACGACUGGCAACACUACCACGCUGGUGAUGUUCCUGCGCAACCGGAAGUUGCGCGUCAAGCCGCACAACAUCCUCAUCCUCAACCUCGCCAUCUCCGACAUCGGCAUUUCUGUCUUCGGCUACCCACUGACCACCUCCUCCUGCUUCGCGGAGCGCUAUCUGUGGGGGAUGGUCGGCUGCAAAAUCCAGGGCUUCACCACCUUCUUCCUGGCAAUGGCCGACAUGUACACACUCACCGUCAUCAGCGUCUACCGCUGGGUGGCCAUCUGCCGCCCACACUACAACCACAGGCUCAACUUUUCCUUCACCGUCAAAGUGGUGGUGGGCGUGUGGGUGGCGGCGUUCAUCACUACCGCGCCGCCACUGGUGGGAAUGAGCACCUACAUCUUCGAACCUUUCGGCACGUCCUGCACCAUCGACUGGGACGACCCCGCUCCCGUCAGCGUCUUCUACAUCUACGCUCUCGUCCUCGUCGCCUACAUCAUACCCGUGGUUGUCAUGGUCUACUGUUACUGGAAGGUGGUGGCGCGAUCGAAGAGUUUGUUGAAGAAGGUCAAGCAGUCCAAGUGCAAGACGCUGUCCCUGGGGGAGGCCGAGGAGGCCAACAGCACCAUGGCCGAGUGUAAAGUCACGUGGAUCUCGCUGUUGAUGGUGUCGGUGUUUGUGGUCAUCUGGUCGCCCUACACCUUCGUGUGCGUGUGGGCAAUCUACGACCCCGACAUCCCCAUGUGGCUCAACACGCUGCCCACCAUGUGUGCCAAGUCGUCGUGCAUGCUCAACCCAGUCAUCUUCUACCUCACCAACCCACUCUUCCGCGCCACCUUCCGCGCCACCUUCAGCCGCCGGCGAAAGAUCCUGCCCUUCCUCAGCCGCACCAAGUCAAGAACCUUUAAGGUGGACCGGACAAAGGAUGGCAUUUACAUUGGAGAGAGUCGGGUGACCCUGCGGCAGGCGGACACUACUUUGUUUUGAUGUCACAACGAGGCUGCGUGACAAGGGUCACCAUUUUGCUGGAACAUCUUUUCUAAAAGCAGGAUGUUGCAUCUCAUCAGCGCAGAAGGACAGGCUCAUCUAUCGUCACCGACACAUGGGCAAAAGAAAGACAGCGAGGCACGAAUGCUUCCAAAGGAUUGACACGAUUUCAUGAGUGGGACACCGUUGAACUGCCUGUAAGCCAGCUUCCAAUUCUCUCAUUGGCAAUACGAGACAGGACUCGAUAAAAAGCGUGUUAAUCAGUCCUCAUUAACAGACAGAUGAGAACAUGAUGUGGAAGCUUGAACCAGGAGACAAUGUCGAUCCCUGUCACAUCACUCACGGAAAGAGAG